AUGUUCAUCGAAAUGCUACCUAUUGCUUUGCAGAACCAAGAACAAGCUCGUACCGAAGAUCAGGCUACUGUGCAAGCAACGAGUCUUGAAUCUCAUUCAAACGAAGAUGAAAGUAGCAAUGCUGUUCUAUCGCCGCCCGCUGAACAAACUUCUUCCUCAUCCAAUAAGGAUUCUGCUCAAAAACGACCACUGGAGCCUGCGACAGAAGAAGUUUUGGAUCCAAAACGAAUUUGCACGCCAACUCGUGUUGUUACUCUUAAAUUGGAAGAUGUCAUUUCUACUGUACACACUUCAUCCGAUACUGAUGUCGAAUCCACGCAUUGGAAGGUCAAAUCUGAACCCAUUGAGAAAGCAGCUUUAGAUUCAUCUUGCCUUAACCAUUCUGACUGUAAUGCGAUCGACCCCAUUCCUCCUCACCCGGAAUCUCCAGAGCAGACUUUGUCUUCCACAACCGGUAUUUUGGAGCCCUUGGUCAUUCAGCCAGACCUCGCUACUAUAUCAUAUGAGACUAUUAAGGCUGACCCACUAGCAGCAUUGAAAGCUGUCUUGUCCAGGGGCGCGAUGGCAGCAUCAACUUCUUCCAAAGGCUAA